UCACAACCUGUCGUCGGUUCAGGGAGGUGAUGAUGCGGGCUCAGGGAGAGCUCCGUUCUUCUCUCGAGAGGAAGGCUCGCGACCUCUUCGGCCUGUGCGACCGCCAGGGAAAGGGUUUUGCCACCAAGGAGGACCUCAGGGCGCUCAGGGAGGAAUUCCCCCUGCCCGAUGGACAGACAGACCUCGUGUUCGAUGCCCUGGAUGCGGACGGAGAUGGGAGGCUCACGCUACAAGAAUUUACAGAUGGAUUCGGAAUGUUUUUAGGCUUCGACACUCAGCCACGCAAAUUUCAUGAAAUAGAACAAUGCGAAGACGAUGAAGAUGACGAUGAGAUGCUGGAAGAUUUGCUUGAUCACCUUGGAGCCCGAAAUCUCUUUAACGAUGAAGAUUUUGUACGGGAAAUGUGGCGUCGAGUGCAAAAAGAAGAUCCGGUCAUGAGAUCAAACUUUGAAAAUUUCGUGUCCAAAAUGGCUGCUGAUUUGAAAGAAUCAGCAUUAGAAAGGAACAAUUUGCAGUCCACUUUGAAAAACCGGAGUCAAGAAUACGAGGCUCAGGUGCAGUCCUUAUACGCGGAAAUGGAAGAACAACUUCGCUUAGAAAAGGAGCAGAUUCUAGCUCAGGAGCAGCACAAAGAGCAACGACUCCGUGAUGAGCUUGAAACUGAAUUACGCCUCAAAGAUCAGCAGCUUCAAGAUCUGCUGCAAGAACAUGCUCAGAUGGAGAGCCAACUCGAAGAGAUGAAUUCAGAAGAAUCAGAGACAAAACAUGAAAACUUCAAACUUCAAAAGGACAGAGAUAUUUUGGAGUCUCGUUUGGUUGCAUCUGAACGAAUGUUGAACGACAUGAAAAGUCAACUUUCCCUUCUGAGAAAAAGAAGCCUUGAAGAGAAAAGAAAAAGAGCUCAAGCUGCUUUAAAAGUUUCGGAAGGAAUAGCGUUAGAACGAGAAAAUUUAGUCUUAGAACUAAACCAACUGAAGGAAAUCAACAAACAACUUCUAGACGAGAAAGACGAAUUAGUGCAAACCACUGUCCAAAUGCAACCAGCCGAUCAAAAGCGGUUGAAAAACAUGAAAAAUGACAAUACAAAACAGAAGGAUGCAAAUGAAAUUCAGAAAAAUGUCCACGAACAGCCAAUCUUAAAACAUGAUGCAAAAUCACGUAAACUUUGCCACACUAUGUCUCUGGACCGAAGUGUUUGCGAGAAACAUCCACUUCAAUCUUCCGAAGCUGGUACCAUGCCUAUUUCAAGCAGAAAGUCUCAGAACUCCUCCGAAGAAAGGAGUGACGAAGAUGAUGAUAUGUCAGAAGCCGAACGAAAUGCUUUGUAUGAAAAUAUUCAAAACAACUUAAAUCUGCCCUUCGAGAAAAGCAGUAAUAAUUCAUACAGUCGCCACAAUUCCCCGAUAAGGUCGAAAAGUAGGACGAAACUUGGAAUAUCAACUGGAACAUCUUCUCCAAAAUCCCAGGUCUUGAGGAAAAUACCCUCAAAAAUAAUAGAAGAGGGGACCCCGCCUUCCCGGGUGUUCAAAGUUGUGUUCGUCGGUGAUUCCGGUGUAGGUAAAACAAGUAUUCUACACAGGUUUUGUACGGACGACUUUAAACCGACUUUUAGCGCCACAGUAGGUGUUGAUUUCCAGGUAAAGACUGUCGAAAUAGGAGGAGAGAAAAUUGCUCUUCAGCUGUGGGAUACUGCAGGGCAAGAAAGAUUCCGAAGUAUGACUCAUCAAUAUUUCCGGAAAGCAGAUGGCAUUAUCAUUGUCUACGACGUAACGUCAGAAACGACUUUUAGGAAUAUUCGGAAUUGGAUACACAAUGCAAAGGAAGGUACUCAGGAAAGUUCUAUCAUCCUCCUCAUCGGAAACAAAGUGGAUUUGUGUGAAUCUGAUGAUGACAGGGUAAUCCGAACGAAAGAUGGUGUUCGAAUUGCUGACGAAUUCGGAACUCUUUUUUAUGAGACUAGUGCGAAGACAGGAGACAGCAUCAAAGAAGCUAUCGAAGGUUUGGCCAGCAUUCUUAAGUCCAAAGAAGACGAAGCAAUAGAGCAAGUUCUGAAACUGCAGGAAGUGGAAAAGGAAAAACGGAAGAAGAGAUGUUGUUAACAUUCCAUUGCAUGUUUGCAUUGCGUUUUUUUCUUUUUGUACAGUGCUUUUUUGUUACAUUUAUGAGCAAUUUUUUUAUCUUUCAAUUAAACAAUUAUUUAUUCAUA